UACUCCUCAUUUAUUAUUAUUCUUCUUCCCAUCGUUCUCUCGCUCUCUAUAAUUGCUGUCUAGGCUCGUAGAUCUGCCUUAGACAUCAGUCAUGGCGGUAGUAUUAUCGGCUCUCAGGCGCCUAUACCUUUCCCUCUACAACUGGACUGUCUUCCUCGGAUGGUUUCAGGUACUGUAUCUUGCUCUCAAGACUCUCAAUGAAUCCGGCCACCAACAUGUCUACAGUGCCGUCGAACGCCCUCUGCUUCUUGCCCAAUCCGCUGCCGUUUUGGAGAUUCUUCAUGGGCUAGUGGGUUUGGUGAGAUCUCCAAUAACAGCAACACUGCCGCAAAUCGGUUCGAGAUUGUAUCUGACAUGGGGAAUCCUGUGGAGUUUUCCUGAGACUCGGAGUCAUAUGCUUGUUAGCUCUUUGGUCAUCAGCUGGUCUAUCACUGAGAUUAUUCGAUACUCUUUCUUUGGUAUGAAGGAGGCACUUGGUUUUGCACCUUCAUGGCUCUUGUGGCUGAGGUAUAGCACCUUCAUCUUGUUGUAUCCAACUGGCAUCACAAGUGAAGUUGGUCUAAUAUAUAUUGCCCUGCCACACAUUAAGAACUCUGAGAAGUAUUCUAUACGGAUGCCAAACAAGUGGAACUUCUCUUUCGAUUACUUCUAUGCUGCAAUUGUUGCACUAGGAAUCUAUGUCCCAGGGAGUCCUCACAUGUACGGGUAUAUGCUUGGACAGAGGAAGAAAGCUCUUGCAAAAGCCAAAGGGGAGUAGACAGCAACAAAGUUUCAAUGUAUUUCUCAUGAUGAUUAAUCAUACGGUUGUUGUAAGAUGGAAUUUUAUUCUUAAAAAGGUUUUCAGCCAGAA